UUUUUUAUUUUUUAUUUUUAAUUAGCAGCUUGUCAUGCGUGUAUUGACAUUAAGACAUGGCGAACGUGUGUUGGUAAGUGCAAGACCACGUGAUCUCUGACGUAGCCAAAGGGGAUUGAAAGUCCGCCCCAUCAUGGCCCUGUUGAGGGCGGGGUGCGGGGGAUGUUAUUUUUUAUUUUUUUUAGUCUGGGUGGGCCCGUAAGUAAAAAUUUAAUUCCAUCCUCCCUUCUCCCUUUUUUUUUCUUAACAGAACAGACAAAAAAUUAAAAAAAUGGCUUCCUCCGUCCGUGCUGCUGCUAUCAAUUGGUCCAAGUUGAGUGUCACUCUUCCCCAAGAAACUGUUGUUUCUCUUUUAGCUUUCCGUAAGCGUAAUGAAGAAGUUAAGCGUGUUCUUGCCGAAUUAAAGGAUCAAACCACCACCGUCGAUUUCGCUCAUUACCGUAAGGCUCUUAAGAACCAAGGUAUCGUCGACCAAGCCGAGAAGGCCAUCAGCGGUUUCAAGCCCGUUGCCUACAACUUGGAUGCUCAACUCUCCGCCAUUGACCAAUUCGAAGCCAAGGCUGUCUCCAAGGCUCAAAAGACUGUUCAACAAAUCGAACUCGAGCUCAAGGAUCUUCACGCUACCCUCAGCAACAUUGAAGGUUCUCGUCCUAUUGAACAACUUACCGUCGAUGAUAUUGUCGUUGCUAAGCCCGAGAUCACCAAGAACAUUGAAGAGAGCCUCAAGAAGGGUAACUUCUCUAUUCCUGGUUAUAAGGAGAAGUUCGGUGAUAUUUCUUACUUCUAAAUCACCAUUUACGCCAUCCUACUACUUUUUGAAACCGUCUUUUUUUUUAUAAACAUAUACGAUUAAAACCUAUCCCAAACAUAUAAGAAACUAUUUGUUUGUCACAAUUUAUGUAAUCUCGUAUGAUCGUCUUUACGAAACUCUUUCGUUUUUUGUAAGGGAGCUGGAAAAAAAAAGAUUUUUUGGUUUCAUAUCCACUCUAUAUAAAAAUAGUCUUCUUUUUUUUUUU